UCAUGCCCCAUCCAUGGCUCUUUACUAGACCAAUGAAUGUAAGGCAGGACCACACUUUCCUCCCUAUAAGAACCCCUCUUUCAGUUCCGCAGCAGCACAAGGUAGAGAUGAAGAUGAGCAGUGGCAGCAUGGGAGCCUCAAAGAGAAGGUUAUCAAGCAGAGGAUUUGGAGGGGUCCUCCGAGAGCAAAGGGCUAAGCUUUAUAUAAUCCGUAGAUGUGUUGUUAUGCUCCUUUGCUGGCAUGAUUGAAACUCCUUUUUUUUCUUUUUAUUUCUUCUUUUCAUGGUGGAGUGUAAAUGCUUUUCUAGCGGCGGAUAUCAUUAUCGGAAAGUUGAAAAAACAGUUUUUGUAUGCCAUGGCCUUAUGGCCUGGAUGUAAAUUAGAUAGCUUGAAUUAAAAUCUUUGAUAUUAUUAGUUAACAAA